AUGCAAUUCUCUACUGUCGCUUCUAUCGCCGCUGUCGCCGCUGUCGCCUCUGCCGCUGCUAACGUUACCACUGCUACUGUCAGCCAAGAAUCUACUACUUUGGUCACCAUCACUUCUUGUGAAGACCACGUAUGUUCUGAAACUGUCUCCCCAGCUUUGGUUUCCACUGCUACCGUCACCGUCGAUGACGUUAUCACUCAAUACACCACCUGGUGUCCAUUGACCACUGAAGCCCCAAAGAACGGUACUACUUCUACUGCUGCUCCAGUUACCUCUACUGCUGCUCCAAAGAACACCACCUCUGCUGCUCCAACCCACUCUGUCACCUCUUACACUGGUGCUGCCGCUAAGGCUUUGCCAGCUGCCGGUGCUUUGUUGGCUGGUGCCGCUGCUUUGUUGUUGUAA